GGGUCAAAACUUUUUUUUUCUUUACCGCUUUAAACUUCCCGCGCUCCUAAGCAGACGAGAAUUACACACUACCAGAUGUUUUAUUCCCAUACAGUGGCUCUUCCAUUUACCUCCCAGAUUAUGAUGUACCUUUUCUUCCUACUUUUCCGAUCAUAAUCUACAGCGGUAAUGGGUUCCUCAGAGCAGAUAGGAUUUGCAAGAAACCAGGUCCUACUUCUACUAAUUGUUGGGUUUUGGAUAAAUCCUGCAAAAACAGAUAUUGGCCAGAAAUGCACACUUAAUAGUGACUGUAAUAAAUAUUUUGGUGAAGAACGCUGCAGAGAUGGGUGGUGCAAUUGUAGCUCUAUUCAGUACAGUGAAAGUUCUCUGGCUCCAGAAUGUGAUCCGCUUAUAAUGUUGACAGCCAGAUUUUGUUCCUCAAUGCUGAAUUGCCCAGAUCAUAGCAGAUGUGAAGAGGGAGAAGGAUGUGUGUGUGAUGAGGGAUACAUAAAGGCUUGCUUUCUGCAUGCAAACAGAGUAAGGAUGUUGUUUUUCAU